UUGCCUUUCUCAUCAUUUUCACUCUUCCAUUCCCUCACUUGUGUCAAAUUAUUUCUGACGUCGCGCUUUUCACUCGCUCCGUUUGCUCGUUUUACCCUCAUUCUCUCUCUUCUUCUGUUUACUUGCAUUCCUGGGAAUGGAGAUGACUCUGGAUCUGGUCCUUCGAUUUAUUUUCUGAUUCAUCAGUGCCCGGGAUUGUCUUCAAAGAAGAAGGAAUAGGAAAAAGAGUAUUAUGUUUUCGAGACUAAUACAUCCUCACGAAGGGACAUUUGGUCAAGAAAAUAUGCAGGGUGGAUUAAGCCACAGUCACCUUGGAGACCCAUGUCUUGUCCUGACCGCUGAUCCCAAACCUCGUCUUCGUUGGACUGCUGACCUUCACGAGCGAUUUGUUGAUGCGGUCACUCAGCUUGGAGGUGCCAGUAAAGCUACACCAAAAGCAAUCAUGCGGACCAUGAAUGUCAAGGGUCUGACUCUUUAUCAUUUAAAGAGUCAUCUUCAGAAAUACAGACUUGGCAAGCAAUCGGGAAAAGAUACUGGAGAGGAAUGCAAAGAUGGAAUAUCUGCUUCGUAUCUCUUAGAAAGCCCUGGUGACUCUGCUCCAAAGUUGCCGGCUUCUGAUUCAAAUGAGGGUCAUGAAGUCAAGGAAGCAUUAAGAGCACAAAUGGAAGUGCAAAGUAAACUGCACUUGCUAGUCGAGGCAGAGAAGCACCUGCAGAUACGCCAAGAUGCAGAGAGGAAAUAUAUGGCCAUGCUUGAGAGUGCUUGUAAGAUGUUAGCGGAUCAAUUUAUUGGUGCUACUGUAAUAGACGCAGACAACCAAAAAUUUCAAGGCGUGGGAAAUAAAACACCAAAAUCUUCUGUGCUCGAUCCCCUAGGCUUUUGCUCCUUACCAUCGUCCGAGGCAACUGGAGUGCAUGUUCCAGAAGCACAGCAUAGUUUCUUUCAGAAGCGAGGUGACUGUUGCGCCGAAAGCUGCUUGAGAUCACUUGAAAGCCUUGGAGGGUUGACUCUGGAAGGACCACCGGGUGAAGCUAAAAAGAGGAUGCUGAGCUUGGACUCAAUGGUGGCACCUCUGAUCUGGAGUGAAGCCAAUUUGAGAACUCAAGGCGUUCAUCUAGCUCAAGUUAAUCCUCAUGGAAUAACUAGGUAUGGCAUGUAGGGAAGGGAAGGUAAACCCAUUAGUUCUUCAAGUCAUCAGGACAGUCUGAUGGACUGAAUCCAGGUUCCGUGACGCAGGGGUUGUUUAAAGUUUUUUGAGUAGCAAUUUUUGGUUGUUGGAUUGUUGGGACAGUGUAGAUCAUGAUUUGUGGUUAAUCCGCCACGUGACGCCCUAUCUCUGGGCUCAGCCAUGUGCAUGAUCUGCGCCAUCACAAAAAAUCCAACGGUUGAAAAUAUUUAUUUUAGAAAUUUCAGACAAUCCCUACUCUAGGGGACUUGUUUCCUUUCAUUUUCUGUAAUUUAGGGCCAAGUACUGAAACUCUGAUCUUUGCUGUUCGAAGUGAUAACGGAGGAGGAACGAACUUUUCACAGUAUAUAAGUUUCAUCUAUGUGGCUUAAUUUGUCAAAAAGCUGGUUCUGACCAUUUAUAAUCAUGUUUUGUUUCA